AGAUGCACCAUGGGCUGCAUCACAGUCUCUCACUGUGGGUAACUCUGUCAGCUAGAAAAAUACCACAGGACAGGUCCUGGGGUUGCAAUGCAAACCAGUGUCCAUCUGUAUCCAGCUGACAUCAAAGUAGGCGCUGUGAGAAGAGAUCUCCAAAAGAUGUUGGGGGAAGCGCAAUGGACCAUGGCAUGUCCUCGUGUCCCUGCCCUCCUGCUGCUGGUGGUGUUUGGUACUGGUGUGAACACCCAGAACACCUGCAUCUCCAGGGCUGAUGGUACUCUCCAGGCUCCAGUCCUGUUCCUUAACGCAUCCAGUGCUCAGGAAGGAGAAGUUGUCUUGGCUCGAUGUGUCUUUCAGAAACAGUUUCCUUCUACCCGAAUUGUCUUGUGCAAGGAUGGGUUGGAGGUGUAUAGUGUGAAGGUCCAAGAGGGAAGGGUCAUGAGCUCCAUGCUGCUGAACAUCACUGAGAGAAGUGCGGGGACAUACACAUGUUUCUACCAGCAGAGGAGCACGAAAAACUGGCUGAGGAGCUCUCCCCUCAGCGCUCCCUUGGACCUGCAGGUCACAGGCCUUGUGCCCAGAUCCACGGAAGAGACAGCACAUGCCGACUCAUACACCCCGUUGGGCCCCAUAGUCAUCGCUGUGGCAUCAGUGGCUGUCACCCUGCUCCUGUCUGCAGCCUCCUGCUGGAUCAUCAAGAAAGGUGCUUGUGGGAAGAGAUGUUGUAGUGCUGAGGGAUCUCCUGCCGACCACGAUUUGUACUGUAAGUUUCAGUCCCUUGCACCCUUCCUUUCUAGGCAUUGAGUACAAUGCAGAGAUGAUCCCAAAUGCUGUGUUUUAAGUCAGUAUUAUCUCCACGUGCAAAUGACAAUCAAUGCUUAUAAAGUUAAUUUUUCAGGAUAUAGUCCCUAUAGUAUUCCGGCAUCAUCUCUCUAAACAUCCUUGACAAAUAUGGUCUCAUUCUCUUCACCCUGCUAUACAGUCUCCACUCCUGUAGCUGACACUGCUGGGAAUUAACAAAUGCUUCACUUUCAAACUCUGCACUGAGCAGAUAGUGUUUCAGAGGAAAUGUGUCUGUUCAGAGCACUUUUUUUGGGUGAGGACCAUUCUCAGCAACAGAGCAGCCUCCACCCAAUAUCGUGGAGAAGCAAAACCCGCCUCCCUACAGCACAGGGCAUUUUCUUGGGGCUGCAAGGCAGACCUCAGGAGCUGCUGUAUGAAGCUGUAAGGGUGAUGAUUUUGGCAGAGGAUGCCCAUGGGUGCAUCUGUGUUGGUGGCUGGGGAAGGUCUCUCCCCUGCUGAUGGCUGGGCACUCAUUCAGGAUCUCCCUGCAGAUGCCAACGUGGAUGAAAUGAGGAGAGUGAAGGUGAGUUGUGCUCUUGCAGAGGCCUGCAGGUUGAGCGUGCAUUUUUUUGUCUGCAGAAGGCAUGGCUUUGGAGGGGAAAUGCCAGCUCAGUUGUCACGGUGGCGGUGCUCUGGCUGCAGUUCCCCUCCUGCCAUGAUCCCAUGGGGAAUGCUGCAUGGCCAUGCUGU